AGCAAGCCUUUGCUUUAUUGUUUAAUAAAAGCAAGUGGUAAAGUACCAUUUUUUUAUAAAUGCCUUUUUAGGUUUUAGGUCCCCUGCUUUUAUCCUUUUUUUUUUUUUUAUGUUUUGAUUUUCUAUGCCUGCCGUGCCUCUCCUUGAUGAUUUUGAGGAUUUAGCAUCCUCAUCCCCCCCCGUAAGAUGGCUUCAGCGAUCCUCUUUCCCUUGGCUUUGAAAUCUGGUGGUUUUCCUCUAGAAGCAAGCGACUAUUCCGCUAUAUUUGGACUUCCGUGGACUUCGUUGCAUUUCAAACUUCUAUUUGGAUUGGGUAUCCGUGGAUUUCAGAGUAAAAAUGGGUCACAAAAAAAACUUUCAUUCUCUUCCUGCCGCCUUGUAUUCUUGCUCUUCCCACUUUUGAUUGUUCUUCUUUUUGUGGAUCGAAGGCUCACUACUUUGCAUGUGAUUCCUUUUAUCAAACAGGCGUCCCAAGUAGCGGCAUCUCUUCGAUUGGUUGUUGGACAAACCAUUUUGCAGCCCCGAGUUAGUCGAAGACAAUUGUUGAUUCAUGGCUCCAAAGGAAAAAACGGCUUUGCACAGUUUCCUCCCCCUUUUGUAGGAAGACAUUCAGAUUUAUUUUUUUUUAUUUUAUUUACUUAUGGAUGUUAAUUUGUAUGUAAAGCCCAUCCUCUUUUUUUUUUGGGCUGGAUCACAUUUUUGUUUUGCCUUGUAAUUUGACCCAAUUUGUAUGGACUUUAUUUUUUUUGUUGUAUAUUUUUGUUGUUCAACAGCACCGACUUUAGUUCUGUAUUCCUUAUGCAUAGACACAGACACCGACUGCCCAAUACCUGUUGGACUCCACCGCGUACGAAAACCACAAAGAAAUUGGCUCUGGCUACAAGACCUUCAUUAAAAAGUACAUUGGAUCCGAAAUCUUGUCCAUGGCCAACGCUUGUUCCGGAACCAACGGAUCUCAGUUCUUUAUCUGCACCGCCAAAACCAAGUGGCUCGACAGCAAGGCUGUCGUCAACAAGGCCGCAACACUACUGCCCCAAGAACAAUCAACCCAACAAGAACAAUCAACCAAAACAAUC